CGGGGCGGGCGCGAUGGCGGACGAGGCGCUCGCGGCGGUCCGGGACGUGGAGAUCGACGGCGGCGGCGUGUUCAAGUACGUGCUGGUGCGCGUGCGCGCGGCCGGCGGCGGCGGGAAGGACGUGGUGCGCGGGCACGGCUGGGCUGAGUACCACGCCGACCUGUACGAGCGGACGGCGGAGGAGCUGUCGCGGCAGGGGCUGGACUGCGAGUGCCUGGGUGGCGGCCGCCUGUCCCACCGGCCCGAGGAGAGGAAGAUCCAUGUCUACGGAUACUCCGUGGGCUUCGGGCGCGCCAACCACUCGGUGACCACGGAGAAGCUGAAAGCUGAGUACCCGGACUACGAGAUCACGUGGGCAGACGAAGGCUACUGAGGUGCUGCAGCCAGGCAGCGGUGCCAGCCUGGAGCUGGCACGGCCGGGGCGCUGGCAGCGGGCUCCCCGUGCUCAGCAGCUCUCUGGGCUCUCCUGGUUUUCCCCUGUGUCGAACUUGCCCGUUCCCUGCCGUCCCCAGCCUUCUGCCCGCCCCCUGGCACGGUUUGGCAAAGCCUGGGUGAAGCUGGUGGGUGCAGCUUGGCCUCCCCGGGGCGAGGGGGGUUGUGCCACGUAUGUAUGUGAGAAUUAAAACAUGUUGGAGAGUGCA